UCGAUGUUCAUCAAUUGAAAUAUUGAAAUUUCCCUUUUCAUGCAUGUGUAUAGCGCGUAUCGUUUGUCAUCACAAAAGUUACACAAAAACGUAUGCAUAUAUAUAAGUGUACACGAGCAUAUAUAGAUUACAUUUUCUAACCUCUGUAACAUCGCGACAACCCUGAAAUAUCAUUCUAGUGAAAUUUAUUUUCAAAAUGGCAGCUACGAGAAGGUUGCAGAAGGAAUUGGGUGACCUUCGGGUUUCAGCCAUGAAAAAUUUCACAAAUAUCCAAGUAGAUGAUUCCAAUAUUCUCAAUUGGCAAGGUCUCAUAUUACCGGACAGUCCACCAUAUAACAAAGGAGCUUUUCGCAUCGAAAUCAAUUUCCCUGCUGAAUAUCCUUUCAAACCACCUCGAAUUACAUUCAAGACAAAAAUUUAUCAUCCUAAUGUGGACGAGAAAGGACAAGUUUGUCUGCCGAUUAUUAGUGCUGAGAAUUGGAAACCAGCUACGAAAACUGAUCAAGUGAUCCAGUCUUUGAUAGCUCUGGUAAACGAUCCAGAACCAGAACAUCCAUUGAGAGCUGAUCUUGCAGAGGAGUUUCUAAAAGAUAGAAAAAAGUAUCUGAAGAAUGCUGAGGAGUUUACAAAAAAACAUGCAGAAAAGAGGCGAGAGACAUCGUCAACCGAAUAACGUUGAUUAACCGCUACUCACCGAGAUGCCUAACAACCGCCCGUCAACUUGAUUUAUAAAAUGCAAGAGAGAAAAAAAACUUAUCCCGUACUGAUUUGAUCUGGAAUCAGGCAGAUAGAAAGGAACAGAAAGCCAAGGAGAGAGUAAGUGAGAAAAUGAGACAGGGAACGUGAAAAAACAAUAGAAAGAAAGAUCCCCGUGUACAGUAUUGGUUGAUCGACGAUGAGAGCAUGCAAAUUAUAAUAUUUAUAUAAGGUGACAAAAAAAUGAGGGAAAGCAAUGAACAGAAAGAGUAAGGAAGGAAAUAAUAAACAUUUAAGGUUAUCAUAAAUUAAAAUAAAUAAUUGUACAAUAUAACUGGAGUGUGCACGUCGUGGUCUUGUUCCAUAUACCACACGAUCUAUCAAAAUACACGUACUACCCGUGUACGUGUAUUAUUAUAUCUUCGUUAGAGAUUCUCAAUCCAACGGUUGGUUGAAUAUUCGUCAUUUAUAUAAGUAGAGUUACGAGAAACAAAAGUGUUGCGUUACUUCGCAUAGACUCCACGUAUAAUCGUGUAAUUAAUCAAUGUCACGCUUGGACUUUUCUACAAUCGAGUAUAAAGAAAAACCAUUGUCCAAAAGACAGAAAAAUAAGGCUUUCAAGUUAACAUAGUUGGAACAUUUUUUCGUUGAUCGUACUUCGUUGUUUUUGUUACAACUUGACGCUAUGAAAGUUGGAUUUUUCGUUGUUGUUUAAGAACGUUCACGAGUAAAUCGAUUUUCUAUAGAUUUUCUUAAAAUUUAGAUGACACACUAUUUAUAGCUUCCUUAACGUACUUGCAAAAUUUUGAAGACCAUGCCCGUACCAAAGUGGAGAUAUUCGUUGUUGAAGUUGGGAAAUUUAACAUGCAAGGUAUAGGCAAAUCAUGAGUUUGAGAAACAUUCUAAUUCAUAGCAGUCACAAUUUUCUAUAGUAUUUGAUAAAAAAAUGCAUCAUGAUAGAUAUUGAUAUUAGGAAUAAAAUAUAAAAAAAUAGAGACGCUCAGCCGUGUCGUUCAUACGUAGUAACGAUUCAAAGCUAUAAAUUUGACGAUUUUGCGAGCGUGCCACGGUAUAUAAGGGAUGACGCCGUUAUGUAGCGGCAACACUGCCGGGCGACGGUACGUAAGGGCAAGGGGGGGGGGGGGGACUACACGCGCAUGCACACUGGCAGGAAUUUAUUUUCAUGAUAUUCAACGAUUUAUCUCGUAAAGAAUUGUCAAUUUAAGCAUUUAUGGCUACACAUUUUGGCUCUCAUUUUUGGAGACUUUUUGGGAAUGACACUUUUUUAUAAAAAUAAGUUCAUACAUAUGAAUGUUCAAUUUAGCAAUCGAGAUUAUAAAUAUUAAAAUGAGAUAUGAAAAAUUAUCAACAAUAACAAAAAAAUUAAUUUAUACAAAAUCGAAUACUACUGAAAGUACGUGGCAGGCAAGCAAGGUUGCCAGAUCUCCGCAUCGCUCUAAGGAUACUUGUAUUAGUGUAUUAUUUAUAGGGUGCGCCAGAGCCAUAUGCAUAUUAGUGCAUAGAGUCCGUGCUAAAAGUUUCGAAGUAGGGAGAGCGGCGCGCGCUACACAGCGACAGUUGAACUAAGCCGAGAGAAUACGAAAAUUUUGUCUUCGAUUAUCAGUCGUGAACGUCCUUAAUGACACGGUCAAGGUUUGAAACAGUUCAUUUCCAUAAUGAAUCGGGAUAAUUUUUUAUUCCGUUCCAACGAUGUAAAUUUUAUCGAUGAAAAAAGUUACCUCUCCAAAGAGUUGAUUGAAAAAAAAAAUUUUGCAUUAUCACGCGAAAACAUCAAAUUUGUUUUAUCUCGCGGGUUCUCGUUGUCGGUUAAUUUGUCUCAGUUCUCGUUUCUGAUCAAUGAUGUUCGUAUAUUCGUCGGUAAUAGUACGGUAAUAAAAUCGAAAAGGAAGGACGCGUGUGCCAAAUAAUCGGAUAAAUAAAUCGAUUGUUCAAAUUUCUUUGGAAAAUCUAUUCGGCUAGACAAUUAUCGAUUUUUCUUUGGCGUCAAAUGAUCUCAGUAUGUAGUUAUAAAACCGCCGACGUGAUCCGUGUUUAUACGUGUAGAGCUACCUUUUUUCUGAUUUAACUCGAGUGCCAAAGGUAGAAAUUCUUAUUGGCAACCGAAUCUCCAGACAAAAAUGAAUUUUCCAUCGAUUAUUAUCGAAGUCCGUAGGAUUAUAUGUAUAUAUAAUCAAAAACUAAGAAAAAAAUCGUCAAAAAGAUGUAGCUUUGCUUUCACUGCGUUCCAGGAUCAUGGAUUAAUCAAUAAUAAUAAUAAAGUUGCAUUUUGUGCA